UGCCUUGCUCUAAAAUAAAACACCCCUGCUUCAUAAAUAGUCGACAAAAGUGAAAUCUCGAUCAACAAUCUGUCAGCUGGCUGUCAACAUGCAAGUGUGAAACCGACCUUAUAUUUCUCUACUUCCGUGGCUCUUUCAUCAAUCUGUCACGAAAAUGACUAAGAAGAGGCGUAAUGGAGGACGCUGCAAGCGCAACCGCGGCCACGUCAAGGCCGUGCGUUGUACCAACUGUGCCCGAUGCGUCCCAAAGGAUAAGGCCAUCAAGAAGUUCGUAAUCCGAAACAUCGUCGAGGCCGCUGCCGUUCGUGAUAUUUCGGAUGCUUCCUGCUACAACUCUUAUGUUCUGCCCAAACUUUACGCAAAAUUGCACUACUGCGUAUCGUGCGCUAUUCACUCCAAGGUGGUUCGUAAUCGAUCGAAGGAAGCCCGCCGAAUCCGCACGCCACCUCAGCGAGCGUUCCCCAAGGAUAUGAACCGUCAGCAGAACGCUCAGCGCAAGUAAGAAACUGAACGUGUGACGGACUUUCUCCCGCGAAUUUAGAUCCUCUCACCAUUCCGAUUUUCCGGCUGUGGUCCGGGUGAGUGAGUUCGUCAGUGUAUACAAGUUGCGUUUAGAUACUUGAAAAAAAUAAGAGAGAAUACCGUUGAAAAUAAGAUUUACAAACAUCUGAAUUGA